AUGAAUACACGCCGAGUUACUCGAAGAUCUGCAAACGUCCAGCGCCAAAAUUACCUGCCCGUUGCGAAUGGCAAACGCACGCAAUUGAAGCCUGCCGUAAACAAACUUCACCAGAUGGGGGUGAAAAGAGCACGUUCCAAUUCUGAAUUAAACGUAAAACCGCAGCUGAAACGGCGCGCAGUUUUUGGCGAUUUAACGAAUAAUUCCAAGGUAGUUGUUUAUUCUCAUUGCAAGAAUAAACCCGUCCCCUCCGGAUGUUCAGUAACCAGUAAGACCGAAACUAAGUGUACUCUCACACAGAAGGCUUCCUCGCAGAAACCAAUCGAGCCGAUUGAGGAAGAACCUUCAAUUGUGCAACUCUCUCUAGCAUUGGAACCAGUGACUAUCGCUACCGAUAAUGGUGAAAGUCCACAUUCUUCUUUGCCCGAAGAAACCGACUUUGACGCUUUCGAUAAGGAACAUACUGGUGUGGCGAUCUGGGAAACUGAAUAUGCGAAAGACAUCUUCGAUUAUUAUCGAAGUCAAGAAAGCACGUUUGCUGUGCCCGAGUACAUGUCAGAAAAACAGACUGACAUAACUGCAGAAAUGCGUUCGAUACUGGUUGAAUGGAUGGUUGAAGUCCAAAGUAACUUCGAACUUUAUCACGAAACUCUCUACCUUGCCGUAAAACUGGUUGAUAUGUAUCUGUCAAAAACUAACAUUCGUCGCUCCGUCUUGCAACUUGUUGGCACGGCGGCUUUGUUUCUAGCCUGCAAAUACGAGGAACACAUCUUGCCGCAGUGCGAUGACUUCCUCUUCGUGUGUGACAAUGCCUACGAUAUGGAGAGCCUCUUCGAGAUGGAACGGAACCUACUGCAAACCCUAGACUUCUGCCUUGGAAUUCCACUUUCGUACCGUUUCCUCCGUCGCUACAGUAACGUGUCCGGACAAGACAUUCUGGGAAUCAAUCAAUCAAUCAAUCUUUCUUUCUUUCUUUCUCUUUUUCUUUCUUUCUUUUUCUUUCUCUUUUUCUUUCUUUCUUUCUUUCUUUCUCUUUUUCUUUCUUUCUUUCUUUCUCUUUUUCUUUCUUUCUUUCUUUCUUUCUCUUUUCUUUCUUUCUUUCUUUCUUUCUCUUUUUCUUUCUUUCUUUCUUUCUUUCUUUUUCUUUUUUCUUUCUUUCUUUCUUUUUCUUUCUUUCUUUCUUUCUUUCUCUUUUCUUUCUUUCUUUUUCUUUCUCUUUUUCUUUUUCUUUCUUUCUUUCUCUUUUUCUUUCUUUCUUUCUUUCUUUCUCUUUUCUUUCUUCUUUUUCUUUUUCUUUCUUUCUUUCUUUCUCUUUUUCUUUCUUUCUUUCUUUCUCUUUUCUUUCUUUCUUUCUUUCUUUCUUUCUCUUUUUCUUUCUUUCUUUCUCUUUUUCUUUCUUUCUUUCUUUCUUUUUUUUUCUUUCUUUCUUUCUUUCUUUCUCUUUUUCUUUCUUUCUUUCUUUCUUUCUUUUUUUCUUUCUCUUUUUCUUUCUUUCUCUUUUUUUCUUUCUUUCUUUCUUUUUUUCUUUCUUCUUUCUUUCUUUCUUUCUUUUUUUUUCUUUCUUUCUUUCUUUCUCUUUUCUUUCUUUCUUUCUCUUUCUUUCUUUCUUUCUUUCUUUCUCUUUUUCUUUCUUUCUUUCUUUCUUUCUCUUUUCUUUCUUUCUUUCUUUCUUUCUUUUUCUUUCUUUCUUUCUUUCUUUCUCUUUUUCUUUCUUUCUUUCUUUCUUUCUCUUUUUCUUUCUUUCUUUCUUUCUUUCUCUUUUUCUUUCUUUCUUUCUUUCUUUCUCUUUUUCUUUCUUUCUUUCUUUCUUUUUCUUUCUUUCUUUCUUUCUUUCUCUUUUUCUUUCUUUCUUUCUUUUCUCUUUCUCUUUUCUUUCUUUCUUUCUCUCUUUCUUUCUUUUCUUUCUUUUCUUUCUUUCUUUCUUUUUCUUUCUUUUCUUUCUUUCUUUCUUUCUUUCUUUCUUUUCUUUCUUUUCUUUUCUUUCUUUCUUUCUUUCUCUUUUCUUUCUUUCUUUCUUUCUUUCUUUCUUUUUUCUUUCUUUUCUUUCUUUCUUUCUUUUUUCUUUCUUUCUUUCUUUCUUUCUUUUUCUUUCUUUCUUUCUUUCUUUUCUUUCUUUCUUUCUUUCUUUCUCUUUUUUCUUUUCUUUCUUUCUUUCUUUUUUUUUUUCUUUUCUUUUUUCUCUUUUUCUUUCUUUCUUUUUUUCUUUCUUUCUUUCUUUCUUUCUUUCUCUUUUUUUCUUUCUUUCUUUCUUUCUCUUUUUUUCUUUCUUUCUUUCUUUCUCUUUUUUUCUUUCUUUCUUUCUUUCUCUUUUUUUCUUUCUUUCUUUCUUUCUCUUUUUUUCUUUCUUUCUUUCUCUUUUUUUCUUUCUUUCUUUCUUUCUCUUUUUUUCUUUCUUUUCUUUCUUUUUUCUUUCUUUUCUCUUUCUUUCUUUCUUUUCUUUUCUUUCUUUUUCUUUCUUUUCUUUUCUUUCUUUUUCUUUUUUCUUUUCUCUUUUCUUUCUUUCUUUUCUUUCUUUCUCUUUUUUCUUUCUCUUUUCUUUCUUUUUCUCUUUUUUCUUUCUUUCUCUUUUCUUUCUUUCUCUUUUCUUUUCUUUUUCUUUUUCUUUUUUUCUUUCUCUUUUCUUUCUUUCUCUUUCUUUCUUUCUUUUUCUUUCUUUCUCUUUUCUUUUUUCUUUUUCUUUCUUUCUCUUUUCUUUCUCUUUCUUUCUUUCUUUCUUUCUUUCUCUUUUCUUUCUCUUUUUCUUUCUUUCUUUCUUUUUUGCCCGAUGGCUUGGAAGAUGUUUCCAAAUAUCCCUAUCUGUUUGCGGAACUUGUGAGCAGGAAGUGGAGUGAAAAAGAUUUGGCGAAACUUGCUGGUGAAAACCUGCUCCGAGUUCUUGAAGCAACCGAGAAGGUGCGAGAUGACAUGUCAUCUUUGGCUCCAGAUGAAGAUAUCAUCCCAAAGAAUAAAGACAAAAACAGCAAUUGUUCAUCCUCUUUUUAA